AUGACCACCCAACAACCCCCCCAAACAGCAACCCAAUACCUCGACCUGGGAAUAACCCUCGCGAUCAACGCCUGGCCAGCCCUCACAUUGGCCGUGCAAUCCAACUGGGGCGGUCCGACCUCCUCCGACAAGCGCGACUGGCUCUGCGGCGCCAUCUCGGAGAUGAUCCAGGAGCGACCCGAAACAGACGCCGAGGAUCUCGAGGACGUGCUUAUUCAGGUGAUGAACGAUGAGUUCGAUGUCGUGGUGGAUGAUGAGAGUGCGGGCAUGGUUGCCGUGCAGAUUAUGGAGAUGAAGGGGCAGACGGAGAAGGGCGAGUUCGGGGCCAUCCAGGAGAUGUGGGAGAAGUGGCAGAGUAAGAAGGGUGCCUCGGGGAUUGAAGGGUUUAAGAGAGGGGAAGAUCAGGAGGAUGAUGAUGAUAGUGAGGAGGAUGAGGAUGAGGAUAUGGAGAUGGAUGAUGCGCCGGCGCCGGCGUUGGUGAGGGCGCCGAGGGAGAAGGUUGAGCCUGAGGUGGAUGAGGAUGGGUUUAUGACUGUUGUUUCGAAGAAGAGGAGGUAG